AUGGGUGCCCUACAAAGUAUUUUCGAUCCCGGUACCUCGACUGUCAUAGCGGUCGACGCCAGAGGAACCUGUAACCACAACCUUGACAGCCUCCGCCCCCGAACCACCUUCGACCACAACUCUCACCACUCCAUCGACGACAACGGCUUCGACAACUCUGACCUCAGUGACGACGACUUCGAAACGCUUGAAAACGACCCUCACAUCUCCCUCAACCACAACGGCCACGACAACAGUCACCCCGGUGGCCGAGCCCAUAUCAGAGGUGCUAGAGGACACUUGGACCACGAUUCUCACCUUGCCCACAACGACGACCACCACGACAACUCUGACCCCUGCCACCGAGACCACGAUUCUUGUCUCGCCGACGACAACUACGGAUACCACAACCCUUACCUCCGUUACCACGGCCUCUGUGUCGUGAGAAACCAAUAUGGACUGCCCCCAGGUCAGUUCGACUUCGGGAUUGCGGCCUUCGCAAUACUCAUGAUCCUGUGCGGUCUAGCAGUUAUAUACUUCUUUAUGUGGCUGUUUGUUGGAUUGCUCCGCUCCCGCGACGUCCCUGUCAGGAGGAUCAUCCCAGAGGAAUGUUAUGACCAGGGCGGAAGCAUUUCCUACGGAAAGUCCUAG